AUGACGAUGGUCAUUGAAAACCAGAACCGCUCUUAUGGCGGCAUGAGCUUCGAUAAUGUUUACCACCACAAUACACCACAAUUCACAGACCCUUGGGCCGCCGCGCAUACCACUUCCCACUCGACUCCUCCCAUCUAUGCUACCUCCAUGGGCAAUGGGGCCAGCAUCCCUAUCAACCCCGUGAAGACCGAGGAAGUUGGUCGAGCAGCCCCCAUGUCCAUGCCAUACCCCAAUAUUCCCGUCUCUGCGCCUUCCUUGGUGCCAGGUAGCAACUACACACCCACCGGUUAUGGCCCAGAGGUGAUGGCCAUGCAACACGAGGUCCCUCGCACUGGUUUCGAACAGCCUUCAACAUACACAACCGCACCCCCUAUGAGCAACUUUCAACCCGCCAGCUACGCUCCAGUUAGCUACGCUCCAAUUCACCCAUCCCAACCCCAGGACGCUCGUCGCAUGUCCCACUCAGAUGCUCGCGUGGGCUCAACUCAAUCUCAAGGAGCCGCUCCCACAUUCGGUGAUGCGCUCGACGCUAGCCGCGGGAUGGUAGCGCUAAGCCAGGAUUUGACACCCCGUAACAUUUAUGGUCCUCGUGGUUCGCGCGGAUCUGCUACCGAUUCCUAUGGAUUUCCUUCAGCUCACUCUUCCGCCUCUUCAAUUUCAUCGGGUGGAAAUUACCCCUACUACAGUGCCUCAGUAGGCUCUGUGGAUUCUUCAGUUACCGACUACAGCUCCACAACUUCGGAAUCUUACGAGUCCCGCACACUUCCUCGCCCUACUAGCCUUCUGGCUGGAAGUGCGCCUCCCGGUCCUCAGUCCAUGAUGAGCCAAUUCAGCUCCAAGAUGCCCUCAAACACCCAAAAGAAGCACAAGUGCAAGGUCUGCGACAAGCGAUUUACCCGUCCUUCUUCGUUGCAAACACACAUGUACAGUCACACUGGCGAGAAGCCAUUUGCUUGUGAUGUUGCAGGAUGUGGGCGACACUUUUCCGUGGUUUCAAACUUGCGCCGACACAAGAAGGUGCACAAGGGCGAGAAAGACAGUGGCUCAGCCGAUGAAGACGAGUAA